AGACCAGCCAGCCUCUACCAUGUGUCACACAAGCUGCCCUUCAGGCUGUCAGUCAGCCUGCUGUGUGUCCAGCCCUUGCCAGCCAGCCUGCUGUGUAGUCAGCCCCAGCCAGGCAUCCUGUUGUGUAUCCAGCUCCUGCCAGCCAUCUUGUUGUGUGUCUAGCUCCUGCCAGCCAUCCUGCUGCAGGCCUGCUAUAUGCAUUCCUGUGAGAUACCAGGUGGCCUGCUGUGUGCCUGUGAGCUGCAGGCCCACUGUGUGCAUGGCCCCCUCCUGCCAGUCGUCUGUGUGUGUGCCUGUGAGCUGCCGGCCUGUCUGUGUGACCUCCACCUGUCAGUCAUCCGGAUGCUGCCAGCCCUCCUGCCCCACCCUGGUCUGCAGACCUGUCACCUGUAGCACCCCCUCCUGCUGCUGACCAGUGUCUGUCUCCUGAUCAGUUGCUGCCAGUGCAAAUGGGACACAUCUAUCCCCUCCC